GUAGCCUCAAGGGUUUGAUUACGAAGGCAUUAAAUAUCUGAUAUCUCGCAAGAUACCAAAGACGGGAACUCAGAUAUUAUUCCUUCCGUCGAUCUUCAAUCCAUGGUGUGGAAUACAUUCCAUAUUAAAAGCAUGCUGCUUACGUCGUAGAUCCAGGUCAUUGUGUGUUAACGAAUCGAUGUACAAAACUCGGGAGAUCUUUUGCUUUUAUGCUUCAGGGAAAUGCCUAGUUCGUAAAUGUUCGGAUGCUUCGAGGCAGUCCUGAGCUUAUGCGGAAGAAGCGAGUCUGACAACUAUCGUUUGCGUGAAAGAAUUCGAGAGGGAGAUUCAUCAAUUUGGCUGCAGGAAUCAGAAGAUUUUAUAAUGGGUCUCUCGUCUACUGCCACUACCAAUGAAGGUAUCCAACUUUGUAUAUUCGACUUGAGGAGAGGGCAGCAUGAAGGACAGGAACUUGAUAAGAUUCUGUUUUUCUUUCCUGCUGAUUUGUCUUUUUCAACACAACUUUCUGUAAUAGGGCUUAGUGAAGGACUUAUCACAUUUACAAGGAUUUUCUCUCCAGAUGCUGCUUGUGAGGUCAUAGAAGCAGAGAGGCACUCACAUGUCUUUUAUCAGGCAGAGCCAGAUAUAUGGAUGGUUAUGGUAGUGGAGAAAAAUAAGGAUACAGAAGCAAUUUGGCGUAAUGAUGCAUUACAAAGAGUUCUUAAGGAAGUGCAUUCUCUUUUUGUGAUGUUUCAUGGAUCUAUAAGAGCAUUACUUGAGAAAGAACCUGGGGGCGGGGUUGCUCGUUCUCAUUUGUAUUCCUUUGUCAUGGAUUAUUUAACUGAUUUUCUUGUAGCAAAGAAACUCCAUUUACCAUCCUUCCGUGACUGUUUAAAGGAGCGUGGAACUGUUCAGAUGCUUACUGUAGGACGGGAGGCUGCAAUUGAAGUUCAGUCACUUGUCAGAAUUCUUGAAUCUGCAUGUCCUGGAAACACUGCCUGCAACUCACUUGUCUUGUUUCAGGAUCUUCUGGUGUCUACAACACUUUCUCCUGAUGACACAGUGAACCUAUUUGCAUAUGCUGUUCUAAGGUUGACACCACGUUCUUUAUCCCAUGGUACAAACUCAUGGUCCUAUUUACGCAAGGGAAGUACUGCCUCACAUGUUCCCACAGGCUCUAUCUCAGACAAUUCCGGGUCUGCAACAGAACAAUCUUAUACCUCCCACGAUACUUCUCCUGGUAGACAAGGUCAGAGAUAUCACAUUCCAAGGCCCUUGCAACGUGACAAAUGGUCUAAAGGGAAAGAUGGUUUCCUUGUUACCGAGACUUGGGGUGCAGAAGUUGGUAGUUUGAUUCCUGCAACCCCUACAGUAUGGCUCCAACAGACAGAUGAGAGAAUGUAUCUUUGUGUGUUUCAGCAAAAAUACCUUACGGUCAUCCUUCUAAUUCCUGUUAGCUCUAUCAUUAAUGGGGAACAAGGGAUAUCUAUGGUGAAGCAGCUAGUUCUUGAAACUGCAUCACUAAAUAUCUUUAAAGUUGAAGAAAGACUAUCAAGAGGAUGGGGUGGUGGAAAUGCUUAUCAUGUCAGUGGAUAUCGCUAUUUACUAUGUGAUCGUGACAGAAAUAUAUCAAGGGCUUCUCCGCCAGGAAAAGUGACAACUUUAACAAAGGACUCUCUGCUUGCCCUUAAUAAGCUAAGGGAAGAAGUUGAUGUAGAGAAGAGCAGAGCAAAAUGGGAUGACCCUAAUCAUGACAAGGAUUUGGAAAUCUGCAUUAGGGCAAGAAAUAAUGCUUGGGUUAUUGCAAGGCUUACAAAAGGCAAAGAGCUUUACAUGGUUUUAGAAAAAGCAAAUGAAACACUUCUUUAUGCUUCAGAUGCUGUUGAAAAGUUCAGCAACAGGUACUGCAAUGGAACCUUUUCUUUGGAUUAGAGUGAACAGGUUUAUGAUGCUAACGCUACUAGAGAAUAGAACAUGAAAUAUGUGCUCAACAUGUAGGUGAAAGUACUGCUUCUUAGCCCUUCUUACCCUGGUUUUCCUUUACUGUGGAUUCCUGUCAUGCCAGAAAGAAAAGGAAAAAAAGAGGCCGUUAGAGAUAUAAUUGUUUUUAUUCUUCUACAUGCUAAGAGAUGCAAUGAAAGUACAUUUGCUAAGCCAUGUACAAAUGAUGAUCUUGGAGUUGACACAUUCAUGGUUAUGAUUUCUGAGUUUUUCAUUAAUUCUUGUAAAUCUUGUUUUGCAUGAGGUCAUUGCAUUCAAAAUUAUAAGAUUUUGAGGCUGACAUUUUUGGAAGAA